GCUUUUGCGCUCAGGGUUGGUGGUGAAACCUGAGAGAGAGCAGCUCAGCAGCAUCCGCAGCUUGUUGGAGGUGGGUGUGACAGGCAGGCAGCAUCUCUGUAGCUGAUUCUCUCAUCUGUCGGUUACCUGUUGUGCACACGUGUUCAAAAUGGCAUCAGCUGAAGAUAUCCAGGUCAAGGAACUUGACAAGCGGGCAUCUGGCCAGGCAUUUGAAGUCAUCCUGGGUGCUCCAGCCCCAGAUGCCAAAGGAGAGUUUCCUCUGUCUCCUCCCAAAAAAAAGGACGUCUCACUCGAGGAAAUUCAGAGAAAGCUGGAUGCUGCAGAAGAGAGACGCAAGAAUCACGAGGCCGAGGUUCUGAAGCACUUAGCUGAGAAACGAGAGCAUGAAAAGGAAGUGCUACAGAAAGCUAUGGAGGAGAACAACAACUUCAGCAAGAUGGCAGAGGAGAAGCUCAAUCAGAAGAUGGAGGCCAACAAAGAGAACCGCACAGCGAUUAUGGCAGCCAUGAACGAGAAAUUUAAGGAGAAGGACAAGAAGUUGGAAGAAGUGCGGAAGAAUAAGGAAGUCAAAGAGCCCGGCUCAGAAGGCACCUCAGAGGACUGAGAGGAACAAAUGGGGAUCAUUUAGGGUUUUAUACGUAUCCAAAGAUUGACUUAUUUUUUGUUCAACCAGUAUUGUUUUUUCAAGUUCCACUUUGAAAAAUUCAAGUCUCCUGAUAAAAGUGUAGUUGCUCUUGUUUUACAUGUGGCUAAUUCCCAAGUCUGCUGUUAUCAUCUUUUAGCUUGUUGGUGCAGCUUGAGCCUUUUUCCUUUGGGUGUUGGCAGCAUUUUGUUUUAGUCCUUUGGGAAGCAUGUUCUAUGCAUUGGUCUUUUACCACCAACUAUUUCAUAGUGGGUUUUGAAAAUGUCUGUGAACCACACCUGUCCUUGGCACUUACUGUGUAUUUAAAAAGUAGCACAAGUUUCCAUCAAGGUGUUUGCUGUUGGACAUGCAGCAUAAGUCCCAGAUUCUGCUGACACUUACCUGCAGCUUAUGGUUUUUGCAUCACUACAGUUUCUUGGCUUUUGAAAAAACAAACAUUGAAAACUCGGGUUGACUUGAAGCACAUGACUUUUUGCUGUAUAGCUGUGAAUUAACGUGCCCCACAUGCAACUGGAGGUAAUCACCAAGCGAUGUCUACUCAUGAAAUGCAUAACAGCAAUACAGUGGCAUUUCAAUAGAAAGUGGCUAGUUGACUUAAACUGUUGUACUAAAAUAAAAUAAAGUCCAAACUUG